CGGCACGCCUACUGGCCUCAAACGCGACGCCACGCGGCCGGACCAAGUCCUAUCCGGUACCCGAUUCCAACCGAACCCCGACCCAAUCCAAUCACGACCCAACCAUGGCCGACGACGACCCCGCCGCGGCGGCCGCCUCUUCCUCCGCUGCCGGCGACGACGAUGACGAGGGCACCGACACCGACGCCUCCAACUCCGACCACGCCGCCUCCUACCAGCAGGACCCUCCACCCCUCCCCGACGCUACCUCGGCCGCACCUCCCCCUCCCGCCGCGGAACCCACCCGCGCAGUUCCGACGCCGCCGCCUCAGCCGCAGGGUGCGGCCGUGACGGAGGACUCCAGGAGGCUGUUCCAGCGGCUGUGGACGGACGAGGAGGAGCUGCUCAUCCUGCGCGGCUUCCUCGACUUCACGGCGCGCCGCGGCACAACGUUCGCGUCGCACCAGUACGACACGGCGCCCUUCUACGAGGAGAUCCGGCGCCGGCUCUCCUUCGACUUCACCAAGAACCAGCUCAUUGAGAAGCUACGCCGCCUCAAAAAGAAGUACCGCGUCUGCGCGGCGCGCAUGGCUGCGCAGGGCGCCGCGUUCGCCUUCAGGAGCGCGCACGAGGGCGCCAUCUACGACGUCGCGCGACACAUCUGGCAGCCCGCGUUCAGGCGCGACGGCGCCGGCGGGGGCGACCGCUCGGACGAGGACGACAUAAACCCCGCCGCCGCUGCAGGGGCGAUCCCUGCUGUGAUGGAGGAUGGUGGCGGAGGAAGUGCGUCCGCGCCCACGCCGAGGGGCAGGCGAGGGCGGCGCGUCCGGAGGAGGACAGUGCUAGAGCUGGAGGCGCCCACAUUGCCUGCCACGUCUGCACUCAUGUUGAAUGACGUGGUUCAGGAGCCGCUUGUAGUUGCUGUGGAGAAUUUAGCACCGGCGAUUGCACCACCACCUCCGGUGUUGGCACCUCUGCCAUCGCCAGUGACUGCCGGUGGUGCCACUGAGGAGGCUGUCCGAAGUGUCCUAUCACCGCUUCUGAAGGAACUCAUCAGCUCUGUCACUGUGGCUGGGCAGACUGAACUGGCAUUGGGGUCGGGCAUAGGAUUUGGUGGCAUUGGUGGCACCGACAUUCUUGGCCUUGGUUUUGGGGUGACCGGACUGAACCCGGGGGUGCCCAGUGAUGAGAAGUGGAGGCAGCAGCAGAUUAUGGAGCUUGAGGUUUAUCUGAAGAGGAUUGAGCUUGUCCGGGAGCAGGUCACCUCUGCCCUUGAAGAGCUCAGGUCAACAGAAGGUUGAUUAGCUAUCUUCUUCCAUAGCGUUCCCAUCACUCGCCAGAGCUUCACAGAUUAUCUUGUUUUGUCAAGAACAGAGAGUAUUUAUUCGCCUUGAACUUCUCCUGUUGGAUAGUGCUGCGUUGGAGCAGGGCGUAUACAGAGUUGAGUGUUUUAAACUUCCAAUUAUACUUGGAUUUAGCUUAGUUGCUUGCAGCUGUCAUAAGGUUAGAGGUUGUGAACUUUGAUGUGUAGAUGGAAUAACUAUUUAGUUUGUCAUUACUUGUAAUUCACUUUAUUGUGGGACAUGAUUGAUCUCAUUGUUUGAUAGACUGCAGCGCAUAGUUGCCUUGGUAACCUCUGUAGCUCUGAAAUAGGGGCUUUAUGAUCCAUUU